UUUUGAACAAACAAGGCAGGCAUAACGCCAAAAACUUGACCCAAAAUUCAAUUUCCCGCCCCACAAAUUUGCUAGAACUUUUACUUGCACCAUCAUAUUCUCACACAUUUCUAUCUAGCAAAAAAUCCUCUGAAACAAAAGAAAAAAAAAAACCUUUAGGAGCUCAUAUUUCUUGCUUUUGUGCGUGUAGAUUGAGUUCUGUCAAUCUUUGCCGAUCUGUAUUAAAUCCUUUCUCAAGGGUUGAUGUUGGAUUAGUGAUUUUAACAAUGGAUGAAGAUAAUGCUUUUGAAAGGCGUCGCAAAAAUCGUCCUGUUUUAGGAAAUAUAACUAAUCAGAUUGGAAACAAGAGACCAUUUUCUUCAAUUUUGGGCAAUUCAAGUGUUAAGUCUGUAGACAAGGGGAGUGAAAAUGUAGGUGGGAAAUUUGUUUUGGUAGAUGACGGAGAUAAUGCAAAACGUGUUUGUGUCGGUCUUCGUCCUUGUAACAACAUUAGGUCAUCAAAGGUAGAUGAUGUAUCAGGGAAUUCAAAUGUACCAAAUAAAAAUCAGGAUUCCAAUUUGUCAUUUGUUGAUUCAGCUACUGCUAUCUCCCAAAGUACAGUUGGAGAUGAUAACGAGAACAAUGAUGCUCGUGGGAGUGUUGUUGAAAUUGGUGAUGAUGGGGAAAGAAUUCCAAAGAAAAGUUUUAAAGUUAUAUAUGAUAUAGAUGGUUUGUUUACUGGGGCGGCAGUGCCAGUGCCAGCAUUGUCCGGAAUUGAAGUCCAUGAUGCUGCUCGGAGUUGUGAAAUUAACGAAGUAGAUAGUGAGGGCACUGAAAGUGAGGAUAUGUUUCCUAAUGGCCCUGAUGAACAAUGUCUUGAUAAUCUGGUUAUGAGUCAGUCUGGGUCAGUAGAUUUUGCAAGAUUGCCAGACUCGCAGGAGUCGAGAGUUAAACUUGAGACAUGUGCAGGAACACAAACUUGUGAGGAUAAUUCAGGUUUAAGUGCUAGCAUCGAGUCAAUCAAAGCUUGCUCCUGUACUUUUUGCACCAAAGCUGCUUAUAUGUGGUUAGAUCUGCAUUACCAGGAUACCAAGGGUCGGAUAAGUGCCAUAAAGAAGAGUCAGAGAGAGGCAAGUCUUUUAGUUGAAAGAAGUGGCAAGGGUAAAGAGCUUCAGGGUCCAGAAAAGAAUAUUGAAGCUGCAAAUCUUGAGACAAGUUUAAUCGGUCACUGGAAGUCACUCUUUCAACACAUGGAGCAGAUUUUUCAACAUGAAGCUGACCAGCUAGUAAGUUUUCUAACUGUCCUGCCCAGUCUGUGAGUUGGUGUACAUACUCAUUCAACUCUUACGUAUAGUAACUGAUAGCUGUGAAACUGAUGGAUGAUCUCUGUUGACCAUCAAGCUGAAAGAUUUUUCUUCAUCAAAGUUAACUCCCAUUGUGUGAGCUCGCGGUGUGGUGCAUUGUCUUUUCAUACUAGUUGGAUCAUUCAUGUCGAGGAGACACAUGUGUGCCAUCAGUGUGCAGUGUGCCUUUUGAUGGGAACAUGGGUUAUAGAUUAAAAGAUUGUUAUCUUUUAUAGUAAUCUUUGAGGGAUGGCCUUGGCUCAGCGGUAAGCUUGCUUACCGUGGUGUGCCAGGGUCGGGGGUUCGAAACGC